AUGAACCCGAUUAACAUUCCUAGAAAGAUUUGUGAUUACGACGACAAUCAGCUGAAGACUUACAUCAAAAGUGAAUCCUUCGACAAAUACAAGCAGGAAAGCAAGACCCUACAAGUCGACACUGUAGCAAAUCUUGUUCGUGGUCGAAACACCUUUCUCCUGGCCGCUACUGGAUACGGAAAGUCAAGAAUCCCGGAGAUGUACCUCAACUUGACUGCGCGAGAUCGAAAGGGCCAAUUUUUGGGUGUAGUUGUGGUGCUGAACCCACUUGAUGCACUCGGCGAUAACCAAGUAGAAGAGAAGAUUUCGGCCGGCUAUACAGCAAUCAACCUGACCCAGCUCAAUUUCAACCAACAGACGGCCAAUGAGAUCAAGAAUGGACUCUACAACUUUGUAUAUCUUAGUCCUGAAAUCUUCCUCAACAAUAAGGGUUUUGAGGAGAUGUAUCUGACACCUAGCUUCCAACAAAAGCUUGUUCUCGUUGUUGUGGACGAAGCACAUAUGAUAUAUUCGUGGGGCUUGGUCGAAAGCGGAAAACGGCAUUUGAAAACGCUUGUACGACAUCAAGACCAGUGUGCUUUUCGCCCCUCCUAUGGAAACAUUGGAGCAGCCCUACUGAAUAAAAACAACGCGCCAAUCCUCUUAAUGUCAGCAACAUGUCGACCAAAGGCAAUUGAGGCCAUCAGGAAAAAUCUGAAAUUAGUUGACACCGAUCUUGACAUCAUCAAAGGUGAACUAAGCCGGCCUGAAAUCCGUAUCCUCCGAAUUACAAUGAACAAUUCCCUCAAUUCAUGCCUUGAUUUGUUGCGCAUGUACCCCUCUCAGCAACAAACCCCCAACAGUCAACUUGUUCCAACACUAAUCUACUCUGGCACUCGACAUGCAACUCUCAAGGUCUUGGAGGUGUUGGAUGCUGCGCGAGAAACACCCGGUCAACACUUGAUAGCUGGAAGUGACUUUGCUCGUCGAUAUCAUGCCUGUACUGGCGAGUUAGACAAACAGGACUGUAUCUCGGACUUUGCGGAAGGCAAGGUUCCUUUGAUUUCUUGUACUCUGGCCCUCGGAAUGGGCCAGAACUGGAGGUCCGUGCGACAAGUUGUACACAUUGGACGAGGUGAUCCAUCACUCAUCUGUCAGAUGAUCGGUAGAGCUGGGCGAGAUGGGGAGCCAGCAUUGGCUGUCCUUUUUGUGGAAAAAACUCGAAAAAACGGUAAAAACUCGGUUAGCGAUUUUACUGGUCCAAUCGACUCAGACGAGGACCGAAUGGAUGCCUUGGCAGUGACCCCAGUCUGCCUUCGGGUGGCAUUUAAAGUUGACAAUUCGUAA